UCGAAUCAGCCGGGAAGCUCGGGGCGAAGCCACCUGGGCGCCCCCGGCGGGGGAUCCGUACCCUUCCCUAACCUCGUCGCGCACUAAGCCAAGAAAGCGGCUUUCCUGGACCUGAGAGAUUGCGCUCCCGCUCCGGCGAGGUGGCGAGCCCCCGUUGGCCGGGCCGACGGAAAGCUCGAGCUGUGUGUGUGUGUGUGCUUCACAGCUAAUUUUGAUCGGGCUGGGAAACGCGUUCCCGUCACGUCCCGCUCGCGGGCGUCGGGAAUGUUUUCACCAACUCCGGCCGCGCGCCGCCCCGGUUUUUUUAAACCCUCCCGGGAUCCUCCACUUGGACGUAAGCUGCCAGGACAAGCUAGUUGAUCAUCGCAUCAUCAUUGCAAGCCUUGCCAAUCUGCCGUCACCUCCGCCGCAUCAGCUGGUGCGUGACACUACUAGUACUAGCUCGUGGUUGUUCUAGCCACGCUUCUCGUGCGAGCGCUGGUGGUGCAAUGUAGUGGGCGUGUCGUGCUGGUCGGAACUUGGAAGUGAUCGUGAUGGAGCAGCAGCGGAGGCCGGAGGAGCAGAGGGCGGGGCGGCGCGCGCGGGCGGUGACGCGGCACCCGGUGUACCGCGGGGUGCGGCUCCGGGCGGGGAAGUGGGUGUCAGAGAUCCGCGAGCUGCGGAAGCCGAGCAGGAUCUGGCUCGGCACGUACCCGACGCCCGAGAUGGCCGCCGCGGCCUACGACGCCGCCGCGUCGGCGCUGCGGGGCGCCGGCGCCGCGCUCAACUUCCCCGACGCGGCGCGCUCGCUCCCGGCGCCGGCCUCCGCGUCCCCGGAGGACGUCCGGGCCGCGGCCGCCGAGGCGGCGGCGGCGAUGGACGGCUGCCUCCGUCAUCGCGAUGAACCGCGCGGCGACGGUGGUGGCGGCGGCGGCGGCGGUGCGGACGACGCCGUGGCGAUCGUGGACGAGGACGACCUUUUCGAGAUGCCGCGGCUGAUGAUGAGCAUGGCGGAGGGGCUGAUGAUGAGCCCGCCCGUGCUGGGCCCCACGGCGGCGGCGGUGGCGUCCAUGGACGCCGAUGAGGAAGGCGUCAGCCUGUGGGAUCACUCUUGAUGC